CUCCAAGAGCCCAGCAUUCCUUGCGCGCGCCAAGAUGGCGGCGCCCGUGUUGAGGUUCCUUUUCCCGGGCUGGUGGUCUGGUACCUCGGGACUGUUAGGACUCUUGCCCCGGGGUGUGCGUCAGUCACAUUCCACCGCUCAGGGGUUUCUGGCGGCACAGAAGGCUCGGGGUCUGUUCAAGGAGUUCUUCCCAGAGACGGGAACAAAGACUGAGCUCCCCGAGCUCUUCGACAGGAGGUCGGCGGGCAACUCUCCCCAGACCAUUUACUGCGGCUUCGACCCCACGGCCGACUCGCUUCAUGUGGGGCAUCUGCUGGCGCUGCAGGGCCUGUUCCACUUCCAGCGAGCAGGCCACAACGUGAUCGCGCUGGUGGGAGGUGCCACGGCGCGCCUGGGAGACCCGAGCGGCCGCACCAAGGAGCGCGAGGCGCUGGCGGCUGAGCAGGUGCGGGCCAACGCGAGCGCGCUGCGCCGCGGGCUGCAGGCCCUGGCCGCCAACCACCAGCAGCUCUUCGCCGAUGGGCGGACGUGGGGCAGCUUUACGGUGCUGGACAAUUCGGCCUGGUACCAGAAGCAGCGCCUUGUGGAGUUUCUGGCGGCCGUGGGCGGCCACUUCCGCAUGGGCACGCUGCUGAGCCGGCUGAGCGUGCAGACGCGACUCAAGAGCCCCGAGGGCAUGAGCCUGGCGGAGUUCUUCUACCAGGUGCUCCAAGCCUACGACUUCUAUUACUUAUUCCAGCAUUACGGGUGCCGGGUCCAGCUGGGCGGGUCUGAUCAGCUGGGUAACAUCGUGUCCGGAUAUGAGUUCAUCCACAAGCUGACUGGAGAAGAUGUGUUUGGAAUCACUGUCCCUCUGAUUACAAAUACAACUGGAGCAAAGCUAGGAAAAUCUGCUGGCAAUGCUGUGUGGUUGGACAGAGUUAAGACAUCUCCCUUCGAGUUGUAUCAGUUCUUUGUCAGACAGCCAGAUGAUUCUGUGGAAAGGUACCUGAAGCUCUUCACUUUUCUGCCCUUUGCAGAGAUUGACCACAUUAUGCAGCUGCAUGGCAAAGAACCAGAAAAGCGAGGUCCACAGAAGCGACUUGCUGCAGAAGUAACAAAGCUUGUUCAUGGCCAAGAAGGACUGGAUUCUGCGAAAAGGUGUACACACGCACUUUACCAUAGUAGUAUAGAUGCACUGGAGGUCAUGUCUGACCAAGAGUUGAAAGAGUUGUUUAAAGAAGCUUCAUUUUCUGAAUUAGUCCUUGACCCUGGAACAAGCGUUCUCGACACAUGCCGCAAAGCAAAUGCGAUUCCUGAUGGUCCACGAGGGUAUCGCAUGAUAACAGAAGGUGGAGUCAGUAUAAAUCACAGACAAGUAACAAAUCCUGAGAGUGUUUUAGUUGUCGGACAACAUAUUCUCAAGAAUGGACUGUCUUUACUUAAAAUAGGAAAAAGGAAUUUCUACAUUAUAAAAUGGCUUCAGUUGUGAUGCAGAAUCCUUUUGGUUGUUCAGAUUUGUCAUUCUCAAAAUAUAUGAAAGGUUUUCUUCAAAAUGAAAAACAGGCCUCACAAUGUAAUUUAUUCUUUUUAGUUGGUUAAUAGGGUGUUUUAUUUAAUAAAAUUUGUUUCCUGAUUCAGACAUUAAUUACCAUAGAAACCUAUGAUUUCAAGAAUUGAAGCUGGGUAUGGUGGCUUUUAUCUGUGAACCCCGCCCUGGGAGUUAGAGACAGGUGGAUCACCACAAGUUCAAGGCCAGCAUAGGCUACAUAGCAAGACCCUAUCUCAAAAAUAAAAGCACUGAUCUCUUAAAAAGUUUGCUUCAUGAAAGAAAUACCUUUUCUAUCUUGUCUUUCUUGUUCUUUUAGAAGUGAUAAGGUAAAGCAUUGAGAAGAUACAGUAUUAAGGAAUAUGAGUGCAUUUAUUUCAAGAUCUCACUAGUAAGGCUUGCCUGUAGUAUCCGUAUUAAAAAUGGGGAAUCUAUUGGAAUUACAAAUUUGAUGAUUUUGUUGUUUGAGAAACUAAUUCUUGUAGUUGAGGUUGUACUUGCAAUUAAAAAUUAUGGUAAGGAACAUUUUCAAAGAACAAAUGAGUAAUUUUCAGAAAGUUUCUAAUUCAGCCUGCAUUUCAGUUAGUGUAACUAUUUACUCAUACCCUUUUGCCAGUGGAUUCCUGAUAUAACAAUGUUUUAUAAAGGUAAAAACUUUUCCAUUCAAUUCUAUCCCCAAGCAGAUUGUAACUAGGUGUAAACUGAAAAGGUAAGGAGCCAAACAAAGGAAAAAGAGAAGUAUUUUAACAAGUGUGAACUUCUAUGAGAACAUCAGAAGAUAAAGUUUCAGGUCAAACUAAAAAUUGGGACUCAAGACUGACUACAGGGGCCCAGGGAUGUAGCUCAGUGGCAUAAGCACCUACCUGGUAAGCACAAGGUCCUGCGUUCAAUUCCCAGUACAAAAAAAAACAUACCUAAGACUGAGUACAGGCCCACAUAUAUUAGGCAAGUAAUUUUCCUCUAGAACCAUCAAAAUCAAGGUAACAGCAUCAUUUCCUCUAGCGGAUCAUAAAACAUCAGAUUUCACCUGAAAAGCUUGCAGGCAGCAAAUCCUGGCUACUUGCUACUGUGAUUACUUGGAGGAAGUCCUAUGUCUUCACAUACAGAAAUGGAGCUCUAGCACUGAGUGAAUUGUUAAGACUCAUAAAACUUUUGGUGUGGUUUAAGCUUUGGUAUUAGGUUCUGAAGUAGACUUUAAAAAGCUAGUUUAUUCAAACCUUUCUCUGAAGUAGGUAAGAAUUAUUGAUCAACUGCAGUGUUCUUUCAUACCAGUUUUAUUUACACAGGAGGAACGUUACAGGUAUCCAUUAUAAAUAUGACCAAGAUCAUCUCCACAUUUCAGAACUUCACCCAUUUUAAGAACCAACAAAGGAAAGUUUACUCUUUCUGUAAGUUUCUUGCCUGUUUUUCUUUGUACAAAGUGUGUAGUACUAUACUAGCAAGUGCAUUGCCAUAGCAUGUUUUUAAAGCUGUACUGUUGAAAUCUGAUGUGCUGGAGAAGGCACAUUGUAGUUUUUUUUUUUUUUUUUUUUCUUUGCAAA